CCGAGGAUGCGAUUCUCACCGAAUAUGUCAGGAAGCAUGGGGAGGGAAAUUGGAACGCCUUGCAGAGGAAUUCUGGGUUGAUGAGGUGCGGCAAGAGUUGCAGGCUCAGAUGGGCUAACCAUUUGAGGCCUAAUCUCAAGAAGGGUACCUUUUCUCCUGAAGAGGAGAGGAUCAUCAUCGAGCUUCACGCCAAGCUCGGUAAUAAAUGGGCUCGCAUGGCUUCUCAGUUACCUGGAAGGACUGACAAUGAGAUCAAGAAUUUCUGGAACACAAGAAUGAAGAGACGCCAGAGAGCUGGGUUACCUCUCUACCCUCAAGAUAUUCAAGACCAAGCCGCCGUGUUUCAUCUCCAGCAACAGCGGCAGCACCAGCAGCAGCAGCGACAGACCAAGCGACCUGGUGGGUCUUCUCCGAUGUCGUCAAUGCUGUCGUCCCCCACCCAGCCUCGAAAACGCAGUUACAGUCCGUCUUUCUCCCUCAUCGAUCCCACCCGGCCAUCUGCAAACCCUCUGCGGACUCAUCAUCACUUCACUUCUUCAAUCAAUUACUCUCCCUCCAACAACCAGUUCAAGAUUUACUCUGACCAUACCGCCGGCAAUUCGAACAACGCCGGUUUUGCUCUGUCAUUAUCCCCUGUUUCUCCCUACAGAUCGUCACUCUCUCCAACCCUGUACAAUACCCAGAAUUUUCCUUCUCAGUCGAUCUCAGCACCGUCUUUCCAGUUCAGUACUUCCGGGAAUCUCGACACUAAGAUGAGUUACAGUUCUUUGCUCAUGGGAAACCUUCAGAUUGAGCCUUUUAGUUUCGUCUGCGGACUGGGUUCCGAGCUCCCUUCAUACCAAACAACUGUAGCAGAAGCCCUGACUCCGGCUUCUUCUAAUACUAGCGGCGGAGCUUAUUGGAUGGCGCCGUCUUCUGGCAGCACUAACAACGAUCAGUACGAAAUCGACACGGAAAUGGCUAGUGCUGGCAACGGUACUGGUUUAUUGGAUGAUCUUUUGCAGGAGUCUAAUGCCCUGUCUCGCCAUGAGAAAUCCAACUGGUGCUGCAGUGAAUCGUCUAUGUUAACUGAUAAAGGGAAAGGUGUAGUGGUUGAUCCGUCGAUAGAGAAGCUCCAGGAGGAAGAAGACAAUCAUGAGAAUCAUGGUCUUGACUCAGCGCUGAGUCUGAGAAUCAGUAGUAGUAAGGCCAAUGACUUGGAAAACCAAUGGGAUCAUGAGCUCAACUCAUCUCCAUCUUCAAUUGGGACCAAAGCAAUUUACAAUGAUCCAGCGGCGGGGGCGGCGGCGGCGGCAGAGAUGAGCUCCAUGGACGACGACUUGCUGAGCUUACUUAACAAUUUCCCUUCAUCAUCUCCACUGCCUGAUUGGUAUCUGGGGAGCAAGUACUCGUCGGAGGGGUCGUCCUCCGGCAGCAUCACCACGAAGCUGGUCGUAGACGCUCAAAACAACAUGGAAACAUCCAAAACAGCUGGUGCUCCACAACUUGACUGGACUCUGGGUUCAUGCUACUGGAACAACAUGCCUGGAAUUUGCUAAUGGAGAAGUAAGGUUGUAGAAGAUGUCUGCUAAUUAAUCAAUCAACCAAUUAACCAUUACUUGAGAAGCUGUUAUAUUUAUGUACGUACGUACGUAUGUAUGUGUAUAUGUAUUAUGUAUUAUGUAUAUGUAUAUUAGGGGUAGAAAGCUUGUAGUGGUGCAAGUGUUUUAUGGUUUUAAUUAGGUUUAAUUAAUAGGUUUUUUUCAAGUCUUCUGUUUUAUAAAGAUGUAUCGGCUUGUAGUUCACCACUCUGGGCAUUAGCUUAUGUAAUGUAUGUGGACCUUAAAACCCAGAAGGCUUGCGUUUGUGUAUGCUUUUUCUCC